AGGGAGGAGAGAAAACGAAACAAAAGUCGAUCGAGUCAAGUUGGGAGCGCAGAAAUAGGGUUAUGGAGGGAGAGGGUAUUGGGAGUACGAUGCAAGGCAAGGACUCAAAGACGACAGAGAUCGAGAGAGGCGUCAUUAUGGAAGAGGAGGAGCCGGCAUUCGUGGUGUGCGGGGAAAGAGAUUUACCCGGUGACGAACUCCCUAGGAAGGGUUUGGCGGAAUUCCACAAGGUGUUUUUGGGAGGGAAGGGGAAAGUUGUUGAGAAUGCGUAUCCACCAUUGUUGAGUAGCUUAGGAGCAUUCUGUUUGGUAGCCUUGCCUCCGCCCAAGGAGGGCGGGGGAGGAGGUCCGACGGU